AUGGAGGACUCGUCCUGGCUCACCGACUCAGCCGAUGAAGAGCCAAAGGUGGUGGAAUCGCUAGCCAAAGGCACGAAGGAGGGGAGUGGCGAGCAGGCGGUGGGGGUGAGCGUGGGCGGCAGCGCUAUUGAACGAAGGGAGGCGUCGGUCACCUGGGAGAUCAAGUCGUCAGAGAUCAAACUGGGCGCCAAGCUCGGGCAAGGCGCGUUCGGCGCGGGCAAGCUGCGAGGGCAGGAGGUGGCGGUGAAGGUGCUGCAGAAGCAGAAGCUUGACUCUGACACGCUCGAGGCCUUUCGGAAGGAGGUGGCCAUCAUGAGCAAGCUGCGCCAGCCACACUUGCUCCUCUUCAUGGGAGCCUGCACAGAGCCAGGAAACCUGAUGAUCGUCACGGAGUACAUGUCCAAAGGCUCGGUGCACGAUCUGCUCUACGGCAGCGGCAAAACGCCGCUGUCGUUCAAACGCAAGAUGCUCAUCGCCAAGCAAGCCGCGCUGGGCAUGAAUUGGUUGCAUUGCUCCGAGCCUCCGUUCAUCCACAGAGACCUCAAGUCAGAUUUCGGCCUGUCACAGGUCAAGCCGGAGGACGACCUCAGCAUGCAGCAGGAUCCCACAGCCUAUGCAGGCACUCCGUUGUGGAUGGCGCCCGAGGUGCUGAUGCGCCAGCCGUUCGACGAGAAAGCUGACGUGUACAGUUUUGGCCUGUUGCUCUGGUACUUCCAACCCGUCUCUAUUCCGGCACCGUGGGAACUGCUCAUGGAGCAAACACCGUUUCAGAGCAUCAAAUCCCUCAAACAGCUGGUGCAGACCGUGUGCGUGGAACACAAGAGGCCCGAGAUUCCACCAGACUGCACGCCGACGCUUCGCAGUCUUAUCCACUCGUGCUGGCAGCCCAGCCCAAAGGAUCGACCAACGUUCGCGGAGAUACUGAGCGUGCUUGAUGACGUUAUCGUGGAGGCUCUGAUCGCCGACAACACGGCGCGGCGAUUCUGGCGAGAGAAGUGCGGCGACAAGGUCAAGCUGCUCUGGAAGGACUUCAUGACCGCCUUCGCCACCUAUGUGCACGAGAAGCAGCGCCCCUUCCUCCCGCUGACACCCGAGGCGGAGCUCAAGCUGGCCUGCCUCAAGCAGCUCGUCGCCAACAACCCGGACCAGGAGGUCUCGAUUGAGGACUUUGCCUGGUGCGUCACCUGCUUCGGCCCAUGGGAGGACGCGUCCAUACUCUCCCGGAUGGAGAACCUGCUUCGUAAGCGAUGGUUCUUUGGAUUUUUGUCCGCCGACGAGGCCGAGAAGAAGCUCUCGUUGGCCCACAAGCGAGGGACUUUCCUGGUGCGGUUUAGCAUGCAGGACCCGGGCAGCUACUCCAUCAGUGUACGAGACAGCGUGAAGGGCAAGGCGCUGGUCAAGCACUACCGCGUGCUGCACAAGCCCGGCGGUCCCUACGUCAUCGGGGGCAGCCAAUGCAACGAACUCGAAGAGGUGAUCGCCAAGUACAACAAGGAGAUGCGACUGAAGCGGCCGUGCGACGGUUGGCCCUACGAGGCGCUGUUCCCCGACCAGGCCAGCGAGUCGGCCACCCUUAGGGUCAAGCAGGAGGCCGUCAACAACUACGUCUCCAUCGCCUUCUGA